GGAGAAGACAACCUGACAUUUGAACAUGCACUGAGAUGGAGAACGUCUGGGAUUUGGCCAUUCCGCCCCGUCCGGACAGCACUACCACAUUCGAACGGGAGGGUCACCGUCCGCCCUAUGUAUACGAUGUCACAGGCGCGCAUCUUGGGGCAGAUUCCAGAUUCGUAUUCUUCGAUGCUCAUUCUUUGCUAACACCCACGAUAAAAUUUUGAACUUAGGCAACAGACUCGGGCGGACAUCGGGCGGACACCAAAAAAAAAUGAAAGGUACCGCAAUACAAGUAACACACCCAUGGCCUCUUGUUCGUCGUUCCCCCGUCUGACCAAUGACAGUCGGAUAAGCUGAUCCACUUUUGAAAGGAAUCUUCCACAGGUCGUCUGCAUCCUGGAUAGCGUGAUCAUGCUGAAAUUGUUAUCCUCGGCAGCAUUCAGACCCAGCAUGUCUUAUUGAUCUCACUGAAAGAGCGCUAUCAACUCAUGCCGAUGGAAGCUUGGCUGGCGUUCAAUUUGGUUGGCACACCAUCGUGGGAUAUCAGGGUCCUGAUGAUCCCAACAAGGGUUCUGAAUCGUUCGUGAGGUUUUCAUACAAUUGAACCCAUUUGUUGCCUGUCAUUUGCCGCCGUUCUGUUAUCACACAGAUGACAAGGCCAAUUCACCGCUUACCAACAGCCGCUCACUGCUGAAAGCACAAAAGCAGACUACAGUUGACCAUGAAAGAUGUAGUUCAAGUUCAACAGCCCAACGUCACCGGUUGAAUUCAUCUUAAUAUGAUACCACUCGGACUCUUCAUUCUUCUCUUCCCAGCUGCAUAUCUCAUAUUUCGACUCUUCAGGAGGCAGGGUCGUACAGUGCACUUGCCCAGGGCUCACACUCUCUGGCCUUGGCUAGGAAGUGGAUGGACUUUCUAUCAUGACGCAAUUGGGUUUUUUGAAAAUUGCCAAAAGAAUCUUGGCUCCGUCUACAAGGUGUUCCUUGCUGGACAGGAUAUUAUCAUUUUCUCUGAUCCAGAUAACAUUGGGCCUGUACUGCGAGACCCAUAUCGUGGAUUAGAUGGACACGAUUUCCAGUUUUAUGUCCUAAAAUGUGUUGGCGGUCUUCAGGAUGACAUGCCCCUGAAACUUCUCGCUCGGCUGACCACGACCGUAGCCAGAAUGUCCUCGAAUCGAUCCAUUCCAGAAUACUCCUCAUCAUUCAGCCAACAUCUUCUACGCGAAUUCGGGAAGUUGGCCUGCGGCAAAGAGGAGCGCGUCUCAAUGCAGAUGUUUGUUGAACGUAGUUUGCACGAUGCGUCCUCGACUGCUUUAUGGGGACCUUCCUUUCCGUUGGACACCUUUACAGAAUUCAAAGUUAUAGACAACUAUUUUCGGCUUCUGACGCUCCCCCUCCCACUUUACUUGCCCAAAGCAAGAGCCGCCCAGAAAUCCCUUAAAGCUAGGAUCCAUGCAUGGAUCGAGGGAUGCUGGAAGGAGGACAUUGGUAUUCCACAGGCUUCAUCAGGAGCAACGGAUAUUUGGAGAGUAUUGCGUGCAGCUGAUUGCAGUUCUUCUGACGUCGUCGGAAUUUUCAUGGUAUUCUUGAUUGGUCUCCACUCCAAUAUCGGUCGCCUGGCUACGUGGCUGCUGAUCUAUCUGCUCCGGGACCGUGUCGCUUUCCAGAGGCUUCGCAGAGAAAUUGAUCACGCAGUCGAUGUGCAGUUCGGGAGCAUAGAGCAACUCCUAGCGGCGAAUCCAUGGUCCUUAGGAAGCGAUACCUUCCCAUUGCUCGACUCGGCGUUGACCGAAACUAUGCGCCUCACCGCUGUGGCCGUCUUCGUACGCUCAGCUGUGCGUGACCUCGAGGUACCUACCAAGAACGGAAGCGCAGUAUCGCUGCAUGCCGGAGAAAUCCUGGCAACUAACGGAUGCGCCAUGAAUCUUUCUAACGAGUACUUUGCGGACGCGAAGACAUUCAUUGUUGAUAGAUUUAUUGACACCGGUGAUCGGAAAGGAGCACCUCGUCCUGUAUCCGCCUUCGGUGUUGGGGUUCACGCCUGCAAGGGACGUGACUUUGCAUUAUAUGCAAUAAAGACAUUCAUGAUACUUUGCAUCCGGUCGUUUGACAUCCAGGCUGAAACGGCUUCAGGCGUGGUCUUGGACAAGAACUAUCAAUUUACCCCGGAUCAUGUCCGCACCACGCUGAGCAGCAUCCAGUUCUUAAAGGAUGAGCUCUACGUAAAAGUCCGAAAACGGGAUAUGUCGUCCAUCUCCUCGGCCUAAAUGACCAUGACUUAUUAUUUAGAAGGCCGUGUCAGAACCCGUUAUCAAUCUAUUCGUUUGAUUUCUCCUUAUGAAGACUACUUGUACGUAGAGACACAUGCUAUCCAAUAUCUGAUGUGAUAGAUAGGACCCUUAGCCUCCGGAAAUUGAAAAUCAAUGUUCCAAAAGUGGGCUAUAUAUCACUCUGCACAUAGAUUGCAGACCGACUAGGAUUCUGAGGAAGGUCUGAAGGUGCUAUCAAGAUCAUUCC